AGUUCAACUCCUAAAGGUCAAGAGAGCUCUAAAGAGUUUUCAUCUUUCUCGAAAGAAUUUUUACAACAUUGUCUCAGCAGCGGUGUUUAGUGUUUCGCGCGCAGAUAACGUUAAUGCUCUUUAAAUAUUGUUAAAUUUUUAUGAGUGCUACUAAAAUUCGAUGAAGGUCAAGGAAGCUGAAUACGCUGUUGAUUAUGAUUAAUGUUAUGAGUGAUAUAUUGUUUAUUUUUAUAUUAGAAACUUUACUGUGAAUUUAGCUUGUGUAUUGUGUGGUGAAAAAUGCUAGAUCUGUUGUACUAUUUGGUGCAAAAUUUUCGAAGUAUAAUAAAGUGAUUUUCGAAUGAUAUUGACCCACGAAUGUCUCAUCAUGCAUUGCAGUAACUAAAAAUCAUUAGUCAUCAUAAUUUUAUUGAAAAUCCACCAUAGUGGCCAUUUGAAUUUAUACUGCUCAAAUUGUUUUAAAUUUCAACAAUCUAGCAUCUAGGCUAUACAAUAGAGAACAAUCAACGUUGAAUCAUUCAUACACUCAGGAAAAUGCUGCAAGUACGACAGGGACAAUAUCUUCUGCUAUUUAUUUGCUUUAGCAUAGCCUACAUGCAACGUUUGGAUAUCACAGUUGCUAUAGUGGCAAUGACUGACCGAUUCUCCGCCAACCCUGAUUAUCCUGAAUUUCCGUGGAGCUUGAAAACGAAAAGCAAAGUUCUGAGUGCAUUUUUCUGGGGCUACUUCAUAUUGCAGAUUCCAGGUGGUAUUUUGGCGCGCAAAUUUGGGCCAAAACCAGUGCUGACAACUGCAGUUUUUGUCGGCUCCUGCGCGUCGCUUCUCAUUCCAAAAUGUGCCGAGCUCUUUGAUUGGCCAGUCGUGUUCGCCCUACAGUUCAUUCAAGGACUUUCACAAGGCCUCGUACACCCCAGCGUCUACACUCAUAUAUCGCAAUGGUCGCCGGUGAAUGAGAGAAGUCGAGCAGUUGGCUUUGUUUUCUGCGGUCAGCAGUUUGGAUCAGUGGUAUGUCUACUGUUGUCGGGUCACUUGGCAUCAAGUGUGCUGGGCUGGCCGUCAGUCUACUACAAGUCGGGCAUCAUAGGUCUGCUGUGGACGAUUGCCUGGGUCUUGUGGGGAGUCACAUCUCCGGCCAGCCACAAGUCUAUCAGUCUGGAAGAGAGGUCUUUCAUUGGAACGAAUUCCGGUGUUGACGACAAAAACAAAAAGGUUAAGGGAAUACCAUGGAAAGCCAUACUGACUUCGAGGCCAGUCCUAGUUAUGACACUGGCCAAUGUAUGUAAUAACUGGGUUUUUUGGUCUCUCGUUACUCUCUUUCCUUCAUUUCUGAGCGCAGUUUACGGAUUCAACAUAAAGAAUAACUCCUACUUCUCAACUCUACCACAUCUUUCAAUGUUUGUCAUGGCUCUGGUAUUUGGAGCUAUCUCAGACACAAUUCUCAGGAAGAAACUGCUAACUAUCAAUGCCAACAGGAAACUAUGGAACUCUGUCGCUCAAUGGGGCGGAGCAGUGGCAUUGUUCUGCAUCGCAAUGUUCAGAGAUAGCCAGACGAUAACUCUGAUUAUGAUGACAGUGGGUUUGGCAGUGAACAGUGCCACGUUCCUGGGUUUCCUUUCCAACCAUAUGGACCUUUCACCCAACUACUCUGGCAUUCUCAUGGGAUUCACCAACUGCCUCUCCAACAUUGCUUCCAUGGUUGCACCAUUGUUUGCUGGCUUCAUGGUCAAAGAUGAGAAAAAUGCUGAUGAAUGGGCUGUCAUCUUCUACACGGCUGCAGUCAUUUUCAUCAUCAGCAAUUCAAUAUUUUUAAUAUUUGGAUCGACUAAGGUUCAACGUUGGAACUCUCCAGAUUAAAACAAGUGAUAGACUCGCAUGAAAUACCGGUAUCUAUAUAAAAAACAUUUUG